ACGUGGAUGAACUGGGUGUCCAUCACCUUCAGUGUGGGUCUGUUCUUUACUGUGGCUCUGUGUUACAACGCCUCCUGUCCCACAUGCUACUCCCCCUCCAACCCUUACUGGACCAUGCAGAGACUGCUGGGGGAACCACUCUUCUACCUGCUCUGUAUCAUCACUCCUGUAGCCGCCCUGCUGCCCAGAUACUUCUACAGGGCGUGUCAGAGCUCUCUGUUCCCCAGUCCAGUCCAGUCGCAGCAUCUUGGACAAACUGCCCAGUGACACCCGUAGAAACAUCCUCAGUCUCAGCCGGGUCCAGGCCGGGUCACUUCUGCAUCUCAGACCGCCCUUCCUGUCUUCACUUUCCUUCACUGGACCCUUGACUAAAGACUGCAGCCACAGGGCCACCUCACCAG